UCAUCCUACAUAUAAACUCACUAAUGGGCCCCACAGAGAGAAGACGCAGCUAUCAGCAGCCAGUGGUCAUAACGAGGCAUUAGCAGCUACGGUCAAGACGUAUAAUUGUUCUUAAUUAAAGUAAAGCCUGUCGUAUUUUUCACAAGUUUAAAUUAUUAUAGUGUAAUUAUUUAGGACUAACAAGUGUUUCAUUUGUGGAUAUUAAUUAAGCAGUUAAGAAAAGUGUGAUAAGAGGAUCAUGGCCGACGAUCAAGAGGUCGGAAACAACCAGUCCAAUAUUCCCAAUAUAUUUGAAAAAUUCGGGACACUUGCAGGAUCUUCUAGUCAGUUAGAAGACAUCCAAAAUGCAAUAAAAGGUUUAACGGAUUCUCUGACUGAAAUGAGGUCUGACGUAAAUUCUUUGAAAAGAACUGCAGUUACCUGCGAAGAAACAUCAACUUCGAAACGUUUUUGCACGAGGGAUGAUUCAGGCUCAGAUCACGAAAGCGUGGGAGAUUUUUUCACCGAAUCUGGGGUCACCGACGGAAAUGAUGAUGAUGAUGAUGAUGAUGAUGAAUUCUGCAUGGUGGAUUUCUUCGAGGAUGCCUCAGAAACAGGAGCGGCGAUAAGUGACAAACUAGCCACUUUGAGCAAUAAAGCUUUGCAGGUACAACCCAAAGAAGAAAAAAUAAAGGAACUUUUGGACACACACAAGAGGCCUAACAAUGUAGAAUUUCUACAAGUACCUUUGGUGAAUGAGCAGUUGUGGCGACAGUUGCCAUCUCAAGUUAAAGCACAGGAUUUUCUGUUGCAGAGGACACAGAAAUUUUUUUCGUCUGCUUUGGUACCGGUAUUGAAGACCAUGGAUGAGUUAAAGACAGAUGGACGACCAAAAAUGAAAGAGUUGAUUGGGGAUACUUUCAAACUGUUAACCAAUGCUUUUGUCACUACUUCUCAGAUGAGACGUGACAGGAUAAAGAAAGAACUUCUGCCGCUUUAUAGGCCAAUUUGUUCAGCAAACCAAUCUGCCACUCAUCUGUUUGGCGAUAAAGUAGAUGAAGAACUUAAAAAGUUAAGGGACAAUAAGCAGCAACUUACAUGUACUUCCAGGCGUUCUUUUUUAGGGAAACGCCAGGGCAUGGCGACCCUGGUACCUCAGCACAAACGGAAACAUGCGCUCAAUUCACAGGGCAACAUGAAUUUCAAUCUACAGCGACGACGUCAAAAUCACAAUUACAGAACAAAACAGCAGAAAAAGAAUACUUUCCAAUCAAGAGCACAGAAAAAUUAAUAUCCGAAGUAAGUAAUCAUAAUAUGAAAUAUUCCUCUACCAUUAUAAAUACUUCACAGAAUUUUCGGGCGGGGAAGACCAGAAUGGCGUUGAAUGAGUGGAGAAAAAUAACCAAAGAUAAAUGGAUACUAGAAACUGUAGACGGUUAUCGGGUACAGCUGUCAGCAACUCCUUUUCAGUAUAAAAUUCCAAAACCAUUUAAUUUUAAAGAAAACGAAAAACAAGCAAUACAGUUUGAAAUUACACGGUUUUUAAAUCAAGGAAUAAUAGAACUUGCAGACGAAAACUUGGACGGAGAAUACAUUUCGAAUAUAUUCACAAGACCAAAAUCAGACGGACGGAUUAGAAUUAUUUUGAAUUUAAAAUCUUUCAAUAGCAACUACGUCAGCAAAAUACAUUUUAAAAUGGAAACUUUGGGGUCAGUGACCACAGCAAUGAGGAAAAAUUGUUAUUUCGGCAAGGUCGACAUUUCUGAUGCUUUUUACACUAUACCUAUAUACGAACGGGACAGACGGUAUUUUCGUUUCUUUUUCGAAGGUGUAAAAUAUCAAUUUACAGCGCUUGUGAUGGGAUUUGCAAAAAGCCCUAUGAUAUUCACUAAACUGAUGAAGCCAGUUUUUUCUCAUUUAAGAGCGCGGGGUCAUUUAAGUUCAAUUUACAUCGACGACGCAUGUUUGCAAGGUCAGUCAUACUCCGCCUGUGCUCGAAAUAUCAGCGA